AUGCGCGAAGUUUUUGUUCUGUUAUUAAUGGUGUCAUAUGCAUUUCCGUGUAAAAGAUUUACAUUUGAAGAAGGCUUUGACGAGCAAUUUUCAUCGGAAUUGGGGUUUUGUUCAAAUAUUGGUUUGACAUGGGCUAUUGGGACUUAUGAAAGUAUAAACAUGGAAGGUUUCCACGAGCUUAGUACACAGUUUAUAUAUCCGAAUGAGCAAAUUAGCUGCGUCUCAUCACCGUCUUAUGAUAUGCUACCUGGUGGUACUAUUGAAGUGAACGUGUUUAUGGGUAAUCAUUUGGCUAAUGAUCUAAUACAAGUUAUGGUAUUGGAUGAACACAAUGCAGAUGCAGGCACAGCUACCCAAUGGGGUGCUGACUUUGCGGAAGGCUGGGACACUAUUCGAAUUACCAUACUAGGCAACUCACCGUUCAGAGGCCUUGUAAGUAUUAUUUUUUUGUUUUACUUUGUAUCAUACUAA